AUGUCUAGGUCCAAAUCCAAUCUGACCUUCCCACGACAGAGAUCCACCACGAAAUCUACCACCUCGGGCAAUUCCCCUACCCCCUCUUCAGCUUCCGCCAACCAGGACAAAACCACCAGCAAAGAAAGCAAGACCAGGGCUGGUAUCAGUCUUACGGACCUCGUCCGCACCCUAACCACCCUCCUCGCCGUCUCCCUCUCACUCUCCUACUACCUCACCUCCGGCGACUCACUGACCUUUCACUACCGUCCCUGGUUCACCAAGCCCACUCAAUUAAAAGCAUGGAUUCGCGGUCCUCUACUCCUGACCCCCUCGGAGCUGACACUCUACAACGGGACCGAUCCGCUCCUACCGAUCUACCUGGCUCUAAACGGGACGAUCUACGACGUCUCCGUUGCACCGCAGACCUACGGACCGGGGGGAAGUUAUCAUGUCUUUGCCGGACGGGAUGCGACGAGGGCGUUUGUGACGGGGUGUUUUGAUCUGCAGCAUUUGAGGGGGGAGGUAAAGGGGGUGGAGAGGAUGUAUAUCCCUGUUGAAGAUCUGGAGGAGGAGGAGGGGGAGGGUCAACAGUUGACUCGGGGGCAAAAGAAGGUGAGGAGGGAGCAGGAGCUGAGGGAGGCGCGGAGGAAGGUCAGAGCUGAGGUGGAGAGGUGGAGCAGCUUCUACGCGAACAGUGAGAAAUAUUUUAAGGUCGGGAGGGUUGUGGUCGACACGAACAGUAAAGCUGAGGGGGAGGUGCCGAACCUGUGUGAGGCGGCGGAGAAGGCUAGGCCGAAGAGGAGUCAGUUAAAUAAGCAGAGGGCUGAAGCUGGGAAGGGAAGUGGAAAGCCGGUAUUCAAGCCGAAGAAUGGAAAACCGGUUUAA